AUGAGCCACAAUAACGACGAAUUAACUUCGUUGUUAUCGUCUAGACGUCCCUCUGUGACUCAUUCGUUUUUGGAUACGCCAAUUGGUUCGUUCAAGGGGCCUAACUCGCUACACAAUUUUGCUAGUUCAUUUACACGAGCUCAAUUUUUCACUGCUUCUAAAAUAGAUAAUGCGAUUCACAAGAAACGGUCAUUUUUCAUAGAUAAUCCGUCACCCCAGGGAAACAGAGACGGACUGUUUUAUGAAGAUGAAACUUUCGAUCCUGAGUUGAUAGUGCCUUCGUAUCGUGGUGAGCGACUAAGCUCAAUUGUUGCUCAUGAUUCUCCUCUUCAUAAUCGAAAUCAACAAUUUAUGAAUAAUACUCCCUUGGGUGAUUAUGCGCUACCAAAUAAUGACGUCUUUUACCAAGAUGAUAUUGUUAAUGCUAUGAACGACUCGAGGUCGAGGCAAGGGUCAAAGUCUGAUGAAAUUCCAAUUUUUGGUAAAAAGAAAGUAUUUCCUCAGCCUUCAUUUUCCAGUUUAAGAAGUUCGAUUUCAUUAGCAACUACUGCAUCGCAAAUUCUCUUAAAGAAAGUUGAGGAUGGAGAAGGUAACAUCGUUACUGUUUUAGCAGGACACUCAACGGCUCCACAGACGAUUUUUAAUUCAGUCAAUUGUUUAAUUGGCGUGGGUUUAUUGGCAUUGCCUGUUGGGUUAAUGAGAGCUGGCUGGGUUUUGGGUUUACUGAUUUUGUUUCUUUGUGGUAUAACUACUUUUUGGACUGCAACAUUACUUUCAAAAGCUAUGGAUGUCGACGAUACAAUCAUGACCUAUGCCGAUGUCGGUUAUGCUGCCUAUGGCUCCACUGCAAAACUCAUCAUAUCCUUGUUGUUUUCAGUAGACUUGAUGGGUGCCGGUGUUACCUUGAUUAUAUUGUUCAGCGACUCAUUUAUUGGUGUACUAAGCAAUAAUGAGCUAACAAACAAAAUGAUAACUUUUUGCAUACUAACUCCAUUUACAUUUUUGCCCCUUCCAAUUUUAUCCAUCUUUUCACUAUUUGGAAUAAUGUCAACAAUUUCAAUCACCAUCUUAGUUAUGGUUUGCGGGCUAAUCAAACAAACAUCACCAGGCUCGUUAAUCCAAGUAAUGCCCACGAAUUUGUGGCCCUCUUCGACCUCUGAUUUAUUACUAGCAGUUGGAAUUCUUUUGGCGCCAUUUGGCGGCCAUGCCAUUUUCCCAAACUUGAAAAGCGAUAUGAGGCAUCCAUAUAAAUUUACACAAUCGUUGAAAACUACUUAUUUCAUAACCUUGGCUACGGACUCCUCAAUGGCCAUUAUUGGGUUUUUAAUGUUUGGUGCAAAGUGUAGUAAUGAAGUGACUAAUACGCUUUUGGAUACUACAGGAUAUCCUAGUUGGUGUUAUCCCUUAAUCAAAAGUUUGAUAUGCGUAAUCCCCUUGGCCAAAACUCCAUUGAACGCAAAACCAAUCAUUUCGGCGUUGGAUGUAUUGUUGGGUAUUGACAAGGUUGAUAAAUCCGAUGUGGAGAAAAGGAAAAAGACAUUAAAUGCAGCUUGUAGAAUCUUUACAAAAAUUGGAGUCAAUGCACUUUUUGUUAUCUUGGCUAUAAUGUUUCCAGAAUUUGAAAAGAUUAUUGGCAUUUUAGGUGCUUCUAUUUGUUUCAUUAUUUGCAUAAUCUUGCCUUGUUUAUUUUAUCUUAAAUUGUGUGGUGCUAAAGUUGGUAAAUUAGAAAGAUUUUUUAUACAUUUUGUAGUAGCUGUAUCCUGUGUUUUGGCAGCUUUGGCUACAUGGGCGGUUCUUAGAUUUUAG